CAUAGCCCUUAAAGUCUGCUCUUCUUGGCGACCCCAAGAUUCCCUGAAAGUUAGUUGGCCUGUAAGAAGAAAGUCAUGGAGUCCCUUGAAGAACUAUCAGAGGAAGAGACUCCCAGAGAACCCACAAGUUCCUCACCCCCAUCCUGGAAGCUCACAGGCAAGGAGAUUCUGGCCACCAAGACCCAAAAUUACUUUGCUCAGACUAAAAGAACUAAGAACAUCUUGAUUCAGGUUGCCUUCUCCAUUGGGCUAAGCAGCAUAUGGCGUUUCCCCUACCUGUGUCAACGGAACGGAGGAGACCUCUCUUGCCUUCAGACUGUGUCCCACCAGUAUUUCUGGUAUCACACCACCCUGAGUGCCUCAGGCCACAUUGAAGAAGGGGUCGAGGCCCUUGUCCUGCACCUCAUCCUGGGCAUCUUCGCAGCCUGGUGCCUCCUCUUCUUAACCAUGAUCACAGGGCUAAAGACUUCAAUGCCGCUCUCAGCCUGGGCCUCUCUGGACCUGUGGCGUCAGGCAGGAGGCCAUGUGCUCUAUUCCUUGGGCCUGGGCAUGGGCACCACCAUCAACUUCUCCUCCUACAAGAGUGGAGAAGACAACUAUAUCCAGAUGGCCUCCUUGGUGGCCCUCGUCAACCUGGGGACCUCACUGCUGGUCACAUCCAUCAUCUUUAUAGUGCUGGGGUUCUGGGCCGCUACCAGUGGUCCCACCUGUGUUGAGAAGAAUUAUUUUGGAGAAGUGGCAGAACUGGAACAGAGACAAGGCUAGCAAGCAGAGGAGCUAUCAUGCAUGGUCUCAUGGUGCUCAGAUUUGUGGCCCCACUGGAGCUGAAUACAAAGAUAAACCAAAAACAUCUACAGCUACGAUCCAGCCCAUUCCAACCCAAAUGAUGACAACAUCAAAGAAAUUAAUCCUCGCCGGGGGGAGGGGGUUGUGCAGAAAGUUGGGGGCGUGGCUCGAGGACAAAGUGAGCCCUCCUUAAUCCCAUUUGAGGGCAGAGAAAAAACUCAACUAAUUAAAACUGUCCCCCAACCCCAGCUUGCCUCAGUGCUUAGAAAACUGUUAAAUAGCCCAUUAUAGCUGCCUGUUGGAAUAAAAGGCUUAAAUGUAUUGAGACUACACAAAAUAAA